AUGGCUUCGCAGGACACCGUGUCAAGAAAGCUCGUUGUGCUGGGCAUACCGUACAGCAUGGACACGGAGGGCCUCCGCGAAUACAUGGAGAAGUUCGGCGCGCUCGAUGACGUCAUCGUGCUCAAGGAUCGGAGCACUGGGCGGUCUCGAGGGUUUGGCUACGUCACUUUCAGCCUCCUCGCAGACGCGCAGAGCGUGGCGCAGAUGAAGCACACCCUGGGAGGCCGGCAGCUGGAAGUCAAGACCGCCACGCCCAAGGAGGAGAUGUCCAAGGGCCCCAAGGUGUCGCGCAUAUUCGUCGCGCGCGUGCCCACCACCGUCACAGAAGACAGAUUCAAGAGGUACUUCGGAGCGUUUGGCAAUGUGACUGACUGCUACAUGCCCAAGGGCCACGGGUCCAACCCGCAUCGUAACAUCGGCUUUGUGACCUUUGAUGACGCAGCAUCGGUGGACAAGGUGUUGGAAGAGCCGCGGGAGUUGGAUGGAGCCACGCUCGCCAUCGACAGAGCCACGCCCAAGGACGAGGGGCCAAGGGGCGGAGGUGGAGGGGGGUACCGCGGGUCCCCAGCGCGCCCUUUCCGCGCGUACCCCCCGGGGGCCAUGGCGCUGCCCAUGUCGCCCUUCGACUUCAUGCCCCCCAUGGCCGCCUUCGCCUCCGCCUACCCCGCCUACCCCCCCGCCAUGCUCUAUGGCGCGCCCAGGGAGCCCGCCUAUGCUUCUGCGCCUCCUCCUCCGCAGGGGCAUGGGGGGGCGGGCGGGCAGGGGUAUGGGGGGGGAGGCGGGGGCAGGGCGGUGCACCCGACCAAGAUAUUUGUGGGGAAGCUGCCGCAUGACGCCACUGUGGGGGACAUUCGCGAGUACUUCGGACGGUUUGGGCCUGUGGAGGACGUUUACCUGCCCAAGGACUCGGCCAAGGGAGGGCACAGGGGGUUCUGCUUCGUGACGUUCCUGGAGGAGGAGGUGGCAGCCUUCGUUGCCAAGAGGCAGCAUGAGAUCUGCGGCCGCACCGUGGCAGUGGAGAGGGCAACGCCACAGGAAGGCGCUCCCCCGCCACCCCCCUCCUCCGCCGCGUACCUGCCCUCCGCUUAUGCCCCUGCCCCCUCCGACCCCUCCUUGGGGGCCUCCUCAGGGCCCAGGAGCCCGGGGGGAGCAGCAGCAGCGGCGGCGGCAGCGCAGGGGUAUUACAUGGCAGCAGCGCAGCAGGCGUAUGGGCAGGCGCCUGCUCCUGGGGCUGACUACGGGCAAGCUGCGGUGAGUGUUUGCCUUGGGGGUUGCCAUGCUGUGUCCGCGACUCCGCGCUGGUUGUCGUCCUGUGCCAGCACGGCAUAUCAGAGAGUUUGA